AUGUGUGAUCUAAUUAGGGCUAAUAACUUACAAAACCAUUUUCUCGGCUGAUUGUGUUCUCUCCCAAGGCUUGUCAUCUUUAGAAUCUAACGAAGAGGGAUGGUUCUUCAAAACGAUAUUGAUCUGCUUAACCCACCUGCUGAGCUUGAGAAGAGGAAGCACAAGCUCAAGCGCCUUGUUCAGUCUCCCAAUUCAUAUUACAUGGAUGUAAAGCACCAAGGCUGCUUUAACAUCACAACGGUGUUCAGCCAUUCACAGACGAUUGUGUUGUGUGGAAAGUGCCAGACGGUGUUGUGCCAACCAACAGGAGGAAAGGCAUUGCUCACUGAAGGAUGCGCUUUUAGGAAAAAGCCGCUCGUUUAGUGACGAAUGUCUCCACUUUAGACCCAAAAAAAAAAACACAAGAUGACUCCACUCUUUUUUCUCUCAGUCACGUCUUUUCCUUUAGUUUCUUCUUAAGUAAUUUUCUUUUAAUUAAAAUUUUGGACCAUUUUUGAGUUAAUAAGAGCAUCUCUAAUGUUUUAUUAGAGUAA